AUGCGAAAGUUGGAAUGGGACGACAUGGGAGUGAAGGUUGAUGGUCGGCAGCUACACCAUUUGCGCUUUGCUGAUGACAUCGUACUGGUAACACCUAGCAUCAGCCAAGCGGAACGAAUGCUGACCGAAUUCGACGAAACAUGUGGAUGCAUCGGUCUUCAGCUGAAUCUACAAAAGACGAUGUUCAUGCGGAACGGAUGGGUCUCGGAUGCCCCAUUCACGCUCAACGGAACGAACAUAUCCGAAUGCACCAGCUACGUUUAUCUGGGUCGGGAACUGAACAUGAUGAACGACCUGACCCCCGAGCUGGGCAGGAGGAGACGAGCGGCUUGGGGAGCGUACAAGAGCAUCGAGGAUGUAGUGAAGAAGACCAGGAACACCCGGCUCCGUGCUCACCUCUUCAACACCACCGUACUUCCUGCUUUGACCUAUGCUUCGGAAACCUGGGCAUUUCGCAAGCAGGAAGAAAACGCGGUGAGCGUCAUUGAACGCGCAAUUGAGAGAGUGAUGCUAGGAGUAUCCCGUUUCACGCAAGUGAGGGACGGGAUUCGAAGUUCUCUCCUACGUCAGCGAUCGAAGAUUAGAGACGCCGCCGCGUUUGCCAAGGAAAGUAAAAUAAGGUGGGCCGGACACGUGAUGCGCUUUAAUGACAACCGUUGGACCAGAGCCGUGAGCGACUGGGUUCCCCGCGAUAUUAAGCGCACUACAGGAAGACCGCCGACCCGAUGGUCAGAUUUCUUCACGAAGUCUUUGAAAGAAAAAUAUGAUGCUCUUCGUGUCCCACGCGAAAGGAGGAACCACUGGGCUACUCUGGCACGCGAUCGGGACAAAUGGAAGAAUUACUGGCGCCCGCUCGACCAGUUCGAAGAUCAACGGGAGUCAAGGUGA